GCCGAAAUGUAUUCUGGGAUACAUGGCCAUCGCAAGUACGCUUAAGUCACCUCCGAUGCAUACUUGGUAAAAAAUGGGCGGAGCGAGAACAUUUCCGGGUUUGAGAACCGUCCUCGCUGUUCGCUUACUUGAGAAUUGGAACAGCACUUGGACUGAGGCUGAUGACGUUUUCACAAGUACGGGAGUACGCAAGUACGCUCAAGUACGCACAAGUAUGGAUAUUGAGAAACGGCCACUCCCUUUAGCCAAUGUGUUCCACAUAUACUCGGCUCAGUUUCCUGCGGCUCAGUUUCCUGCAGCUCAGUGAGCAGCCUGUAUCUCUUAUCCACGAGUGAAAACAUUAGACUUUGACUGUCGCUGGGAGCUGAAAAUGGCGCAGCAAAUAAUUCAGAUGGCCAAGGAAAAGCUCUGCUGUUCAGUCUGCCUGGAUCUGCUGAAGGAUCCGGUGACUCUUCCCUGUGGCCACAGCUACUGUUUGAGAUGUAUUGAAGGCUACUUGGACGAGGAGGUCCAUGGCUGUCCUCAGUGCAGGCAGACCUUCACGCCGAGGCCUGUCCUCAAGAGGAACACAGUGUUGGCAGAUUUAGUGGCAGAGCAGAAGGAGACGGGACUCGAGGCUGCUCCCGUUGGUCCCUGCUUUGCUGGAGCUGAGAAUGUGGCCUGUGACGUCUGCAGUGGGAAAAAACGCAACGCUGUCAAGUCUUGCCUGCAGUGUCUGGUCUCGUACUGCGAGCUGCACCUCCAGCCUCACUACCAAUCACCAGCCUUUGGGAAGCACAAGCUGGUGGACCCCUGCAACAAGCUCCAGGAGAACGCCUGUGCUCGCCACAGUGAGGUGAUGAAGAUCUUCUGCCGCACCGAUCAGCAGUGCAUCUGCUACCUCUGCUCCAUGGACGAACACAAGGGCCACGACACCGUCUCUGUGGCGGCAGAAAUGAGAGAGAAGCAGAGGGAGCUUGCGGCGCGUCGAGAAAAGAUCAAACAGAAAAUCCAGAGCAGAGAGGAGAGUGUGAAGGGUCUUCAACAGGAGGAGGAGGACAUCAACUGCUUUGCUGAUGAAGCUGUGAAGGACAGCAAGAGGAUCCUGUCAGACGUGAAGCAGCAGAUCAGAUCUCGUCAGAAGUCUGACACCACUCGUGUCCACAAGCAGCAGGAGAAGCUGCAGGAGGAGAUCGCUGAGCUGAGGAGCAGGAACGCCGAGCUGGAGUUUCUGACACACACCGAGGAUCACACCCAGUUCCUGAGCAGCUACACCUCGCUGUCACGUCCGAGUGUCUCUGCGGACUCACCGAGUGCCACCGUGCGCCCCCUGCCGUUCACUGCAUACGUGGAAGCAGUGAUGUCAGAGGUCAGCGAGACGCUGCAGGACAUCGUGUUCAAGGAGUGGACCAAAAAACCCCAGAGCGGGAGCCAAGUGGACGAUUUCAAGGUGCCACAAGAACCACAGACCAGAGAUGAGCUCCUCAAGAAUUCGUGUCAAGAACCACAGACCAGAGAUGAGCUCCUCAAGAAUUCAUGUCAAGAACCACAGACCAGAGAUGAGCUCCUCAAGAAUUCAUGUCAAGUCACACUGGAUUCAAGUACUGCACACUGCAAUGUAUACAUGAACAAUGAUAGAGAAGUGACAUAUUACAAGGAUAGUGGUUCGGGUCCUGGACAUCCAGACCAGUUCACCAGCUGGUGUCAGGUUUUGUGUCAUGAAGGUCUGACAGGACGUUGUUACUGGGAGGUGCAGUGGACAGGCACUGAAGUUUUUGUGGCAGUCGCAUACAGGGACAUUCAAAGAGCAGGGCAUGAGAGUGCAUUUGGACACAACAAGAAGUCGUGGGUUUUACAGUGUAACAACAAACGAUAUGAAUUCAGACACAACAACAUCAGAUCCGACGUCUCAGGCCCUUUGUCCAACAGGAUUGGUGUGUACCUGGACCACAGUGCAAGGGUUUUGUCCUUCUACAGCAUCUCUGAAGACCAAACCACGACUCUCCUGCACAGAGUCCAGACCACUUUCAGCCGGCCGCUCUGUCCUGGACUCGGUCUGUAUAGGCACAAAAAUUCUGCUAAAAUAAGUAAUGCUUUAAAUGAAAAAUAAACUGCACUUGAUCCAUGAUGUAACUGUCUUUCCGUGAGACUGGGUUUUUGGUACGUGGUUAUAUCAGAUCCUGACACGUCAGUGCUGACUUUGUCACACAGCGUGCCACCGUUGCCAAUAACCUGAGAGAUUAAAAUAUUUGCCACUUCAUCUCUCUGUGAGGCAACUUCUUAAAUGAUCUGUUGUAUUGUUUUACCACUUGUGCGUACAAUAAGACUUUACAGAGGGAUAAUUAUCUAGAUUAAAGGGUUAAGGAAAGGGACCCAGAUUUGUGUAUAAUUGUCCAAUUUACCAUUUAUUUUACACACUAACCAUUCAUACAGUAUAACUUACUUUACUCAUUCGAUUAGUCGAUGACAUUAUAUAAUCAUCUUUGUUUUAAUGGUGGAGUUGUUUAUACAAUUUAUCUGUUUGGUUUAUAUUUGUGAU